CUCGGGAGGAACGCCCUCUCUUCGUUCGACGCCCUGUGACGUCAUUAGAAGGCGUGGGAAUCCCGGGGGAAGCCCCUCCUCUGGCGGGGCGGUUCCUUUAGACGGCGGGAGAAGCACCUUUCCCCGCCAUGGCGUUGUUGCACCUCCUGUUGCUGGUUCUGGCCCUGCUCAGUUUUCUUUUCACCUUCGGGACCGGCGUGGAGCUGAUCCGCUUCCUUUCACUCCGAGCGCUGUUUCUGCAGCAGCCAACGGGGGCUGGCGCUCCCCAGCAGAGAGCCGAUGUUGCCCACAGUUUUGAAUGGAGAGCUGUCCUGAGGGACUCUAGAAUUUUGCACCCCCUAAUGACGGAUGUGGCUCUGAUAGCCCUCUUCAUCCUGCAGCACAGCCUUAUGGCCACCGAGCGGGUCAAGCGCUGGACCAGCAGCUGUUUGGGGGUCUUGCAGAGAUCUUUUUAUGUCUUCUGCACAGCCCUGGCCCUCCAG